AUGGCAUUAGUGUUAUGGAGAACGUUUAUACGAGCUAAAGAGCCUUUGUUGUUAAAAUCAAAACCACGAUUGUCGCAUAACUGCGCGUUAUCCUUCGUUUUCCGAACGUACUGUGACGAUAAGAAUAACAACAAUCAUGAUUUUAGCAACAGCACAAUUUUAGUUGAAAACGGAUUCAAUGUUCAAGAACUUCCGGUGGUGAUACGAAAGUUGAAGGACUUUACAGAAACAAAGGAUAGUACUGCAAAUGAAUAUACUGCUACGGAUUCUGUAAACUAUGAUUUGAUACAAGAUGAAUUCAAGCAAUGUGUUGACUUAAGGGAUGUGUUUUCCUUAUUAUCAAAGUGUACAAAAAUAACACCUCAUAUUGCAUUAGGAGCAAUUGAGAGGAUAUAUGAGAUAGAGAAAGGAUCUAAUGCCCUGGAUGUAAACAGCAAUCAUAUUUAUUUAGCUAAGGAAGCUAUUCUCGAAAAAUUGUUAAAAGUUGUUACAAAAACUGAAGACACACAAACAAUAUUAAAUGUGCUAAAAUCUGUAUCAUCGUUUAUGGAACCUUUCAAAUAUAAGUUUUGUGAUGAAUUAUUGUUCAGAGCAAUAGAUAGCAAGAUGACUGUUGAACAAAUCUGCAUAUUUACAAAUUUUCUUAUUGAAAAUAAGUCAAAUCCAAAAUAUGCUGAAAGUAUUGAUAAACUAUGGGUAGGAUUUGUUGAAAAGGAAUGUGAUAUAAAUGAAACAAAUAUUGCAACAAUGUUUAGUAUAUUGCCAGGUCUUAAAGUAAGUAAAAGGAUUGUUUUGACUCUGUUAGAACAGAAGCUAUCUGAUAUGUGGUAUAAAAUAAAAGUGCCCACAAUGAAACAUAUUCUUGACAGCUUUGUGGAAGAGAAAUAUUUAUCAUUAGAUUCAUUUGCUACAAUUGGCAGGUGGCUUCAUACUAAUAUUCAUGCAUUAGAUGAAGACUCUUUAUUAGAUAUAGUGUCAAAACUAACUAGGCUAAAAUACACAGAUGAUCAAAUUGAAAGAGCUCUUGAGAAAUACAUGAAAUUAAAAGGUGACAAAAUUGAGUCCCAUGUUCUCAUAGUUGGGAUUUUGAAUCAUUGUAUGCAAUUUCAGAUAUGUAACAAAUAUAUCUUGAAAUCUUGCAGUGAAUAUUUUGUACAGAAUAUUAGUGAUAUUCCCCCCAGUUUUUUGAAGUCCCAUAUAUAUCCUUAUGGCUUUCUUUACUUUGAUUCAGGCAAAAGAGAUUUUUGGGAUUUGGUUGAGAAGUUUUUAUUGGAUAAUUACAUGAAAAUAAAUGUAGACGAUCUUUCUUUGAUAAUGUUGUCAUUUAUUUAUGUAGGGAAAUAUCCUUUAAAACUAGUUAGUAAAGUAUUUAGUCCAGUGUUUUUAGUAAAAUUGUAUAAUAAUAGUAACCCUGAAGCUUUGAGAAAUUUAACUUUGUUAGACAUUUCAUUGUCAUUAGAGUGCCCCCAUGAUUAUGCUGGUCCAUAUAUACCAAAAGAUCAAUGGUCCAAACCUGUGGUGCAAGACAGUAGAAUUAAAAAUAUUAUAAAUAAAGUGUACCCUAGUCUUGAAGCUGUAGCUGGAAGUGCUGACAGACUGUCCAUGGAUGUUAUGGUGCCUCAUUUUUCUGAUAGAACAUUCUUAAUAGAUGUAAUGUUUCAUCCUCCUGGACUUGAUGUAAACAAUUUCAACUGGAAAUCAAAGUCUUCUAGAAAUGUAAAUAUAGCUAUACUUUUUCAUUUACCUGACCAUUAUUGUUCAGAUAAUAUACAGUUAAUUGGACCACAAAUCAUGAGAAAAAAACAUUUGAAAAUAUUAGGAUUUAAAAUAGUGAGUGUUAAAUAUUCAAUUAUAAGUCAAUUUUAUACAUCUUUCAAUAUGCAAGGAUUAAGGCAAUAUUUGACUGACAGCAUUAAUAAUGCUGAAGAAUGUCUUUAA